GCGCGCGCCAGCUGCCCCUGCUCUGAGUUCCUGAUUUUAUCGGAACCGAAGAGCGCGUGCCCUCUUUCCAGGCGCCUGCGUCGGCUUCAGGCGGAGGAGGCCCAAGCGCAAGCGCCGCGAGAGGAGGCGCGAUUGGCCUGCGCCUUCCUCGGGAGGCCUGACGCGACGCAAUUCAACUGAGCCCGGCGCGCCACGUUUUUCGAGCCUGGGGGAGGGAAGGCAGGUAGGGCUCCGUUAGUCGCCGCGGGGCGUUGCCCGAAAGGGAGCUUGGGCGUUCCUCCUUUUCGGUGGGAGAGAAGCGCGCUUGACGAGGAAGGCGCCGCAGCCGGGAUGUUCGUAGCGCGGAGCAUCGCGGCCGAUCACCGCGACCUGAUCCACGACGUUUCCUUUGACUUCCACGGGCGGCGCAUGGCGACCUGCUCCAGCGACCAGAGUGUCAAGGUUUGGGACAAAGGAGAAAAUGGAGAAUGGCACUGUACUGCCAGCUGGAAGACACAUAGUGGGUCUGUUUGGCGUGUGACAUGGGCACAUCCAGAAUUUGGACAAGUUCUGGCUUCCUGUUCUUUUGAUAGAACAGCUGCUGUAUGGGAAGAAAUUGUAGGAGAAUCAAAUGAUAAACUUCGAGGACAGAGUCAUUGGGUAAAGAGAACUACUCUUGUUGACAGCAGGACAUCAGUCACUGAUGUGAAGUUUGCUCCAAAGCAUAUGGGUCUCAUGCUAGCAACAUGUUCAGCAGAUGGAGUUGUUAGGAUAUAUGAAGCUCCUGAUGUCAUGAAUCUCAGUCAGUGGUCACUUCAGCAUGAAAUCUCUUGUAAACUAAGCUGCAGUUGUAUUUCUUGGAAUCCUUCAAGCUCUCGUGCUCAUGCUCCUAUGAUAGCUGUAGGAAGUGAUGACAGCAGUCCAAAUGUACUGGCAAAGGUCCAAAUUUAUGAAUAUAAUGAAAAUACUCGGAAGUAUGCAAAAGCAGAAACUCUUAUGACAGUCACAGAUCCUGUGCAUGAUAUUGCAUUUGCUCCAAACCUUGGACGGUCCUUCCAUAUAUUGGCAGUAGCUACUAAAGAUGUACGAAUUUUCACAUUAAAACCUCUGAGAAAAGAACUAACCUCUUCAUCAGGACUGACAAAAUUUGAGGUUCAGUUAGUGGCUCAGUUUGAUAAUCACAAUUCCCAGGUCUGGCGUGUAAGUUGGAAUAUUACAGGCACUGUACUUGCAUCUUCAGGAGAUGAUGGGUGUGUGAGGCUUUGGAAAGCUAACUACAUGGACAACUGGAAGUGCACGGGAAUUCUGAAAGGUAAUGGGAGUCCAGUCAAUACUAGUUCCUCUCAACAGGGAGUUUUUAAUGCUCCUUUAGGCACACCCAAUGCAAGCCUCCAGAAUUCAAUCAAUGGAACAUCUGCUGGCAGGUAUUUCUUUCCCCCUCUGGAUUCCCCUCGGGCUGGAUUAAGAUGGUCCAGUUAUGCCCAGAUCCUACCUCCUCCUCCUCUGAUAGAGCACUCUUGCGAUGCUGACACUGCCAAUCUUCAGUAUCCUCACCCUCGCAGACGAUAUAUCUCUCGACCUCUUAAUCUCUUACGUGAACAUGAAGGGGUUUAAUAUACAUUUAAAACCAUAUGACGGGCCCUUAUUCUGAUGCUUGUAAAAUGCUUUCAUUUCUGACUGCUUUUAGUUUUUUGCACUCCCUUCCAAAUUGAAUGGUUGGUAGUUUUAAGACAUGCUCCACAAGGCAAACUACAGUACCUGAAAUGCACCACAUUAGUGUGUAUACCAGAUAAAUUCUAGCCCUGCCAUUUAAUCCCAUUUUCAUCUUUAACAACAACAAAAAGCAGUACUAAGUAUAAACCAUGCACAAUAGAUGAGCUCAGAGUGCUUAUUCUGUCAUUUUGUUAAUACUCACUUUAUUCUCCUUGUUUGAACGCAGUCUGUUUUGUCUCCUGCAUAGUGUAUUGCAUUUCUGAAAUUGAAUGCAACUUUGAAGAAAACUGCUGUAAAUUUUUUAUUCUUCAGCACCAGUAUCAAAUGUUGAGGUGACCAUGUUCUUGGGUUUUUCUUCCAGUACUUAAUAAUGAAAUGAUAAUGCAGAUUGAUGUCUGUUUCUGCAGCAAGGAAAUGGGCAUGUUUUCAUCACCUGCCAAAAUGUUUGUCUUGCAUAAAAAUUUACACUACAGUAUUUUAUGAAAGCAGGUUAAUAAAGCACUUGAAACUGCA